AUUAAAGCAGUAGUACUCUAGUACUGCUGAAUCAAUUAAAAAGGUAUUAUUUCAUUUAAUAACUUUUAUCAGUUUUACAAAGAUCACGAUUGGAAUAUUAAAAAGAGUGAUAACAAAUUUGAAAUGAUGGUGAAAACUGGCUUAUUAAUUUUAACUAAUCCAGCAAAAAUUGCCAAUUUAUUGCCAUCGGUAUUGAAGCAUGUAAAUAAUACCUUAUAUAUUCAUUGGAAUCCACAUAAUAAAGUUGAAGUUAAACCAGCAGAAUGGCCGAAUCAUAUACAAACUGUAAAUCAAAUAUAUUAUCAGGCAUCCGUUCAUUGUCAAAAUUUAGAUGUACGUAUUUUAUUAUCAGCAAUUAAAAAUCCAACAUCGUCCAUCUUUAUUGACACUUACCGAAAAAUUGAAAUAUUAUUGUUCGACAAACAUUACAAUGAAAUUGAAUUACAAACAUGGAAGAGGAAAUUUAAAAAUGUUGACCUCAAAUGCUCAACAGUUACAUUACCCCCAGCCGCUGAAAGUCAAAUAAAAUGUAAAUCAUUCGAUCUUCCAGUAACUUCGAACAAAGUUUACGAUUAUGUUGUAUUGGGUGGUACAUUUGAUCGAUUACACGACGGACAUAAAAUUUUAUUAAAUGAAGGUGUUUUGCGAUGUAAGCGAAAAUUUACUGUGGGAGUUACCGACACUAAUAUGCUGUUAUCCAAGAAACUUUGGGAAUUAAUUCAACCAUGCGAAGAACGAAUAAAUAAUGUUCGACAUUUUUUAGAAGAUAUUGAUUCAAGCAUUGCAUAUGAUGUCUUACCAAUUCAAGACCCUUUUGGGCCUACCAAAGAUGAACCAAAUUUUCAAAUGUUAGUCGCAAGUGCUGAAACAAUUUCUAGAGCGAAGACUAUUAAUGAUUUACGAAUAUUGAAUAACGUUCGUACUUUAGAGUUUGUAACUGUGCCUUUAAUUUCAAAUGGAUUAUCGACUGAUGAAGAAGAAGAUAAAAUUAGUUCUAGCAAUAUUCGUAUGCGAUUGUUAGGUUCACGACUAAAACCACCUACGAAUCAAAAACCAAUUUGUUUAACGCAAAAACCAUACGUUGUGGGUUUAACUGGGGGCAUUUCUAGUGGAAAAUCUUCUGUUAGUAAACGCUUCAAAGAAUUAGGUGCUGGACAUAUUGAUUGUGAUAAAAUAGCGCAUGAAGUUUAUAGUCCAGGUACAAAAUUAAAUGCACAGCUUAUUGAGACUUUUGGCCCAGAAAUUGCGUUGGAAAAUGGUGAAAUUAAUCGUCGAGCGCUAGGCAGUAUUGUUUUUAAUGAUAAGGCUCAAUUAGAAAAAUUAAAUAAUUUAGUUUGGCCAGCAAUGGCAGAAGUAUGUGUUGCAAAAGUGAGAAAAUUGCAUGAAGAAGGUUUUAAAGUCGUUAUUGUUGAAGCUGCAGUGCUUUUAAAAGCUGGAUGGGAUCGCUUUUGUAAUGAAAUUUGGGUGUGCAUUAUUCCACCAGAGGAGGCAAUAAAACGUUUGAUUGAAAGGAACAAUCUUUCCGAAGAAGAUGCUCGAUCCCGUCUAAGUUCACAACCAAGUAACAGUGAAUAUGUUAAAGCUGCUAAUAUUGUAUUCUCUACGUUCUGGAGUACAAAUUUUACACAAAAACAAGUGGAAAUUGCAUGGAAAAUAAUUCAAGACGAAGUAUUAACAUUAACUUCUUCACAAUCUUGUCAUGCAAGUGGUUCAUGUUAGCCAUCUGUCGUUUUAAACAAUAACUCUCUGCUAAAGAGAUUUUUUAUUACCAUAUCACAAUAAUAUUAAAAAUUAUUUAUAAAUCAAAUACCGUUGACGUAUAUUUCCUUUUAAGGAUCUAGUCGAAAACUUUUUAUGAAAUUUAUCUCUUUCAAUUUUAAAGGUAAAAAAUAAUAUACUUUACAGCUACCAUUUUAUUUUCAAAAGUUUUUAAUAAUUUUAUUGUGGUUCCUACUCUAUUCCGUCACAAACUCAAAGUAGCUUUAAAACUUGCAUUAUUUUUAUUGCCGGUGAUUUGACAACACAAGUCUUUAACACUUAUUCAGUUUACUAUCAAUUUAUAAUAAAAUUAAUCAAUUUUUAAGGAAAACGGAAGGUAAGCGGAAAAUUAAGAAAUCGAACUUUUAGCAAACGUUUUCCUUUUUAAGCAAUAAAAUCAAGCCACGCAGAGUUUUGAGUUGAUCUAUCAAUAAAUGAAAACAAAAAAGAAUUCGCCUUUUAAUAUU